AUUCGGAGUUGCUAAGCUUUCAUACCAAAUUUAUAUUUUUCCCGGUGAAGAAGGAAUGACACCGCAAACAUGGAACAAUAAUAGCGGUAACCCAGGCAUACUCUUCCUUGGGGAUUCAUUUCUUCCUUUUUGUCUCUCUGCAGAGGGUUUCUUCGCCGGUGAAGCAAGUACUAUUUAACAUAACUUUGGCUACUUGACAACGAUCUUGCAAAGCGGAUUGAACACUAUUAAUUGGAGUGUGUAUCGAGCGAUGAGCUCUCGACAAGGAAUAUAUCCCAUUUGUAGAUUGACCAGAGCAGCUAUCAUUAUAUCACUCGCUCCAAGAUAAUAUGUUUUGUACGUGUAGAAGUGAAGCGGCGACGAAACUGGAAAUUAGCGAGUUGAUACAACAUCCUCUUGCCUUCUUCAGAGAAACGGAAUGAAAUCGGCACACUCGCGCAGUCUUCAAACGGAUAGCAAAGUAAGCACUCGAUAAAUUUGUUUUCGGUGCUCGUUUCGUUGUUGUAACAACGAAACAUGGUGGUGAAGUUUGAACGGUCAGUUCUGUGGCAACGGCUCCGCCGGCGAACGAACAAUCCUUAUGUUUUCUUCUUGACAUCCGUGUUGUUGUGCAGUCUCGUGCUGCAUGUUCUUGUUCUGGACAUUGACGACACAUCGCAUUCGUCAAGCAGCGACGAAAGUUUAUUCACACAUCGAACUUUGCUGGCUGAGGAUUCUAGCAAAAAGGGUGAAUACCCGAAUAAUCAUUUUACUUUAAAGCAGAUGCGCCAAGGUGCUGUAAUUUUGUACAUCAUAGGGAUGUGUUAUAUGUUUUUAGCACUGUCGAUUGCGUGCGACGAAUUCUUCAUUCCUGCGCUUGUCAUAAUCACAGAGAAACUAAACAUUUCAGAAGAUGUGGCUGGUGCUACUUUUAUGGCUGCUGGUGGAAGUAUGCCCGAGCUUUGCACUUCGUUUAUUGGGGUAUUUGCGGCUCCCGAUUCGAACGUCGGAUUUGGAACGAUAGUGGGUUCUGCCGUGUUCAAUGUUUUGUUUGUCAUUGGCAUGUGCGCCGUGUUCUCGAAGGAGGUCUUGCAUCUAACUUGGUGGCCUUUAUUUCGCGACUGUAUGUUCUACAGCGCGGCUCUGAUAAUUCUUAUUGGAUUCUUUGAAGAUAGUGCUAUUGAGUGGUGGGAAUCGCUCGUAUUAAUCCUCACAUAUAUUAUAUACGUUACGUUUAUGAAGUAUAACCACAACGUUGAAAGAUGGGUUAAACGUAUGCUUAAAUCUAACAAAGUGAGCGCAAUACACUCGAAAGGAAGACAUAAAGGCAGCGAAGAUGCUCAUCUUGAGGUAAGUAAUUUUAUAUUUCAUGUGUUAUGUGUUGCUAGUCUUGACUCGCACGAGGAAAUAAAAAAUUGUCCGUUGUUUAAUUCCCCUUUAUUAGUGUCAAUUGAUGGUCAUAUUUAACCUCCCUCAACGCAAAUCCCUAAACAGGAAACUGGUAUUAUAGUUCCCAAAGUUGUUCAAAUCUAGGUUUAUAAGACAUCGUAACAUCGCGUAAUGUCGUAUGCUGAACUAUUCAACAUCAGUUAUCAGGUACUCAAACAAGUUAGAUUUUUUUGGAGAUAUAGUUCAGAAUAUUAAUUAAAUGUUUGUGACUUUAGAUGGACGAACUUCUAUUUUAAGUACUAGUUAUAGUUCCACAAAUUGUAGUGGUUCUCUAUUUUCAAGCUGUGAGUGACCAAUUUUAGACUGUUUUGUUUUGGUUAAAGCAGUUAACUCGAAAUAUAAUUUUCUUUUAUGUAAAUGAAAGAGAAAUCUACUAUUCGGCCUCUUUGACGGGCAAUUUUGAAUAACAAAAGAUGAAUACAAAUUGUUCAAAAAUACGUACACGCUAAAAGAAGUUUGUAAGAACAAAUUGUACAUAUCGUUUUCACUCGGAAAAAAACAAUUAUGUUACUAACACCGAUGGAAAUGUGUUAAUUCACCUUGAUUUUAUAAUUUUGCCCAGUUUUUAUAGCGACAUAAUUUUACGGGGUUUGUUUAUGUUUAAAACGUCUUCACGACGUCCACAUAUAUUUGCUCUUUCUCAAAUUCUUCUUGAAGGCGAUGGAAAGGUGUUGGCCACUCGUUAAUACAUUGAGCCAGAUAUUGAACUUUUCCGUGUAAAUAGUGACUUUGUAUUGUUGGGCGAGAUGUAAAUAGUAAACAGGUAGAACUUACUAAUUAGACAAGAGGACGCAUGUUGUAAUCCAAUGUCUUUAGAAGUGUGUGCUUGAAGUAUGGGGAACGAGCUAGAUUAAGUUGAAGUACAAAGUUGUAAUCGCUUUAAAUCUCACUUAGGUUAAUUUGUCUUAACCCUCCUAUCAGAUUUCACUGUAUGCGUGAGUAAAAGUAAUUCAGUAAUCUGCGGGAACACUAGUGCGAAUUUUGUGUAAUCCUCCUCGAAUUAAUCAGGUCAGAAUUCCAAACAGAAUGGCAUAUAAAGGUUACUAAUUAAAUUUUCUUUUGCAUAGAACAAACGGCUCUAAAAGACGGUGAAAAAAUAAGUGGGGCUUAAAAAUUAUAUAUUCCAUAUGUGCCCCCAGUUUGUUUCAUUUGCUAUAUAAGCUUAUUAUGUGUCAGCUCAGAAAGAUUAUGAUAUAAAUGAUAACGUGGACAAGAUUUGUUUCAUGCUUAUUGAAAUGUUUUAUGUAACAUCCAAGAAGCAAGUUUGACUAAGCUUUCUCUGGGAAUAUUAAGUGGUCCUUUAUCCUGCAGAAGAGUUUUUUGCAGAAAAAUCGUUGACAAAAUAAUAAACCGUGGAUGUUUUUGUCACUGUGAAAAAGAAAUUGUUGAGAGGUUAUCCAGGAAUUUAUGCUUUGAGAUGUUUUCUGUCUGCCACGAGUGAGUUUCCAAGUUUACGUACGUGCUUUGCAUGUUGAAUCAACCUUUAGUGAAAGCAAAUUUAUUGAACUACAGGUACAAGGGUCGUGAAUAAGAAUUGUCUUGUUUUUGGGUUGGUGAAACUAAUGUCUCAAAUGGUCUUUUUCGUCUAGGGCAUAUGAAAAGAUUGCUUAAAGGUGGUUGAUCGCAAUCCUCACUGUUUAAUGUGUCUCCUUGUCACAGAAUGUCUGUAAUCAUCUAUAGGGUUAAAAAUAUGUGGUCUUAAAGUUACCCUCCAAUGUGAUCUUAAGACAGGCCAGGGGAACUAAAAGUUGAGGUUUGAUCACCCUCAAAUAUUAUAGGAAGAAGUGAUUUAUUGCACCAUAUGCAGUAUAAGAAUUAACUUUAAUUUGUUUUAUACUAGACUACCUUUUUCCCUUCAUUCUAAAUUAAGAGAAUCUUUAGUUCAAACGUUAAAAAUGCCAAGGGGCUUGUAAGUAGCAUAAGAUUAAUCCAUACCAAAUACUCCAUUUCUAUAUAAAUUUUGCUAAGUGACCCUAGACUCGGGCUACCUAGUUUUGCUCCAUUUUCUAAGUCAUAUUGCCUCAACAGCAGCAUGCAGAUAUUUUGGUCUGGCCACAACCGGCUUAACCAGGGAAGAGCAGAUGCUUUUUUCAGCUCUUGUUUCACCCUCUGAGAAAAUAGAAAAAAAUAUAUUUUCUGGGUGGGUGAAACAAGAGCUGAAAAAAGGGUCUGCUCCCUGCAGGCUACAACUGGCCUGACUGGCCACCAAACACUGGAGUUAAUUUUUAGCCCAGCAAUUUAUUAUCGUCUGGUUAUUCUUGACUGUGGAAUUUCAUGUUAAUAGGACAAUCCUGUUUGGAUUUUUAAUGGAUUAUGAAUGUUGUAAUUCUUCCCUUUUGCCAGUAUUAUCUGAAGUCUAAUUUAGAAAUAUUCUUAUAUGUGCCAGGGAUAUUUCCUGGUGUUAACUUCUCUGCUCCUAAUAUUUAUUCUUCCUGAAGACAUUAAUAGCACAUUCAAGAGUUGCUAAUUUAGGUGUCAAAAUUACUGUGCCACUGUUAGUGAAUUAAUGUUCAGUUGACGGGUAUCAUUAAAAGCAAAGUUUCUGUAGAUAUUGGUUUUAGGGUUGGUAUUAUUUGGUGUCUAUUUUUGGGUUAAUAUUGUUGUUGAGUUGAUUCUAAAAAAAGUGUUUAAUAUUAUCAAAAGGUUUUCUAACAGUUGUUGUAGCAAAUUGCACCCUAUGGCCAUCAUUCUAGAGGGUUUGUGUUUUUCCUUUAGAAUGUCCUAGCUCUUUUAUGUCCAGUCAAACCUGUGUUUAACAGUCACCCUUGGGAAAAGGCAAGGUGACCGUUAUAGACAGGGUGACUACUAUGACUGUACAGGUCAUGAUCUGAACUGAAGCAGAAAAUAUAAGGCAACUGAAAAUUUUGUGAAGUUGUGCAUUGACUGUCAUAUACAGGGUCACUGCUAUAUACAAGGCCGUUUUAUACAGGUUUGACUGUAUUACAUAAUAUAUUUCAUGUUUCUAAAUUAAUGCAUACAAGUUCACUAGUCAUUUACAGGUCAUUCAUGAUUACCCAUGUGGGACAUUAAAAGGACUUGUUAAUGCUUAAGAAUCAAUUAGCAACCACUAGUGCAAGACUACUGCUUAUAAAGCGUAUUUUGAUUAAAAGUGUUAUCAAUAAUGUUUCUUACCCUAAAAUCCUUGCUUUCUUUUAAACUUAACAGAAAGCAGUGGAAAGUCUUUGUACUUCAUCCAAAGCAAACAAUGGCCUUCCCUGCUUCCGCCAUGGAGUACUCCAACUUGUAAUUCACAGCAUGGAUCCUUUAGGAGAGGGUGAGUAUAUGAUCAUAGCUUAAACCAGCUGACAGCUCAACAGACAGUUAUGUGGUGUAUCUCUUGAAGGCUUAUUUUAUUUCUUUACAAUCUCCUACACGUUCUUGGUGCCAUAUCAGAACCUUUCCCCCACAAACAUUCAUGGGGACUAACCUUUUCUAGCCUAGAGUGGCUUUGCCUGAAAGUUUGUAUCCAGACAGUGUAGAUACAUAGAGAUGCCAAUCUCUGGAGAUAUAUACAGUCGAACCCCGCUAUUUCGAACACGGUUAAUUCGAAGUCCCCGCUAUUUUGAAGGAAGAUCGAAUUCCCUUGGAUUUGCCCUUAUGUUUUCAGUCAUUUACUAUCAGCUAUUUCGAACUUGGUUAUUUCGAAUUCCCCGCUAUUUCGAACUCAUCGUUCUUUCCCUACACCUUAAAUCAACCCCGUUAUUUCGAACUUGUCAAAAACAGAGUACGAACAUAAGAGCACAGCUGGAAACAUAUUGCAUUUUAUUUAAGCUCCUGUUACGUAAUUACUGACUUAACAAUGCUUGACUCACGUGCAGUGUCCCGCUAAGAAAUUCCAGCUGUGUUAUUCAAUUGCAAAACCAAAACGCACUGUUAGUGAACUGUUCUUCUGGCAGAAAUACUCAUGUAUGAACUCUGCUGUCUCUAUUCUGAUCAUUCGACUUUGUAUUUUUAUUUAAUCAGCGCCUCUCUUCAUACUGUACUGUAUUUUAUUUAAAAAUGAUUCAUUGUUAUGAAUUUUACGCUACCCCGGUUAUUUCGAAACCCCGCUAUUUCGAGCUUUUUUCCAUUUCCCUUGGGACUUCGAAAUAGCGGGGUUCGACUGUAAUGUGGAGUCUGUCUCUCUUGCAGAAUCCCCCAACAUCAACCUCCCUGAACAUUACACGUAGUCUUACAUGAAGAACAGACCAUAAGUGAUGUCAGUGAUGAAAUACAUGAAACAAUGCUUGAGAAACUGUCCUAUGAUUGAAAGAAUAAUGAAAAAAAAAUAGCUUGUAAUUGUUUUGUUUUCACAUUUCAGACCAUGAGAUGGUACUCCAGAGAACUUUUUCUUUAUUCAAAUGUCAUCCUACACCUGUAUGCAUGUGCAUCCAUGUGCCUAUGUAUGCAUAAUUUAUGUCAAGACAAAAGGCAAAUUUCCUAGGGAACAUCACAUGGUUUGAGUUGGGAAAACAAAACAUACAAGCUAAAAAGGUCUAUAUGAAAUGAAAGCUCAGAAAAGCUCAAAAUUCAAUUUUUCCCAGGAAAUUUGGUGACCUGUACGGGUAACAGGGCGAUUUGUGCGAUAUUCCAGGGAACUUCAGGAUAAUUUGGGAGAGUUUGCGUAUACGGAUACAAAUUUGUUAAAUAUUACAUCGGUACAGCAGAAAUGCCGUCUUAUAAUCAUUUACUAACCUUAAUUCUUUCUUGCUUGGUCAACAGCAUCUAUUGCAGUGAAAGUGAACAGGUUAAAAAGAUUGAAAUGCCUUAAUGUUAAAGUUGGGAUGGAAACAGACUCAGCAGCUGGAAGCCAGAGUGUGGUUAACAAUGGUGCAAAUGAUGAACACCACCAACAGUUUCAUUUAUCAGUAAUAAAUAAUUCAGCGAAUGAUGCUUCCAUUUCAUCAAUUCAAAAAAACAAUAACUCAAAUACUGACAACGAAACCUCAAAGACAGAUUUGUAUACUCAGGAAGGAGACAAUACAUCUAGAAAAUCUAGUGUAGUAAAUGGAGAACUGCCUCAUGUGCACAUAUUUCCUAGUGAAAAUACGGUUAACAGACCUAGUCAAUCACCUGUGCCAGGAAUGGUGGAACAAAGUAAUAAUGGUUAUAGUACUUCUGCGGAGUCGCGCGACUCUCAAUCUACGGUCUUACAACAUUCUUCAAAUCAUCAGUUAGUAGAAAUCGAGGAUGCGAGAGAAGCUUGUGUAAGUACAAAUACUUUGAUGGGGUAUGUGGAAUUAAAUGCCCUGAGUGACUACUACUUGAAAUUCCUCUUUUUGAUCCCAAUUUGCAUUAUGCAAAUUGGUAGGAGAAUAUAGCAGUUUACAAUAACUAUUAGCAGUCACUUGGAGGGUUAUUCCAGGAGCCCCUAUUUGGUUACCGUAUUUAUUCAAAUAAGUGCCCAACCUCGAAUUAGUGCCCAUCUCGAAUAAGCGCCCAUCCUAAAGGCAGAAAAAGUUGAUAAGCGCCCUCCCCCUGACCCCGCUCCCUCCCAUACAAACUCAAAGAAGAGAUAAGAAGAGACCCUCCCGAAAACGGACAUUACUUCAGAGUAUUUUACAGAAACCUUGCUUUGUUACAUCUUUGAUUUUUGUUAUUACCAUGAGUUAUUUUGUUGCAAAACAAGCAUACGUACUACACUUGCUGUGAAUAGUGGCAAUUUAAACACCCAGCCUCAAAUAAGGCCCACCUGGAAUAAGUGCCCACUCUCAAGGUCCAAAAAUUUAAUAAGCACCCAGGGCGGUUAAUCGAAUAAAAUGUAUUUAUGGUUAACUGAUACAUUAGAUCGACAAAUUUGUUCUGAGUAAAAUCAUUCUUUUGAAGAUAACAUCACUGAAAAGUAGUCAAUAUAUGCAAACGAAAAGUUUUAAGUCAUUAUGUUACAGGUGAAAAUUGAAAAAAAUUCCGGUUAAUCCUUUCAGCCAACUGGCUGGUUCUUUGCGUCCAGUCCUUUUCAAAGCCAUGAAUUGGAGCUAGUAAUAGGUCAAAGCAUUUUAUUUAACCUGAAUUUAAUUUUGACCUGUAACAUAUUUUAUAUAUUAAUAUAUAUUUUUAUUUGAAGGUGGAUGAUGACAGUGAGCCUAUUGACUUGAGUUGGCCUUCUGGAUGGAAAGACAGACUUGCUUACUUAAUCAGGGCACCUAUAAUGUUUUGCAUGUAUUACACAGCACAGGACAUCAAAAGACCAGUAAGUCACAUGAGCAGGAAUAAUAAUAAUAUUAUUACUAGCUUAUUUGCAAGUCUUGUUAUUACUUUUUAGAAGGUAGUUAUUACAAGUUCUGCUUGGUCACCAAAUAUUUUCACUGGCAUGUUAAAAUUCAAUCACUAGCCUGAGAAAACAGCCGACAUUUGGCGACGCUACCACUGGUUUCCCUGCCAAAUGACAUCUGAGAAACGAGCACAAAAAUUCCAUAUUGAUGACGCAUCACUACCCAGAUCUUUGUAGUGCUUCUGAUUGGUUGUGCCCCCUGGGAAAUUUGAUUCAACCAAUCAGAAGCUCUACCCAGAUCUGGGUAGUGACGCGUCAUCAGUAUGGAAUUUCUUCGCUCGUUUCUCAGACGUUAUUUGGCGGGGAAACCAGUGGUAGCGUCACCAAAUGUCAGCUGUUUUCUCAGGCUAUUCAAGCACUUACCUAAACCCCUUUUCACUGGGAAGAUAAAAAAAUUUUCUGGGGUCAUUAUGAACCCUGACCCUAAGGACUCUGAGUGACUCUUGAUCUCUUGUGAAAUUCUCUUUUUGUUUCACUAGGAAAUACAGGGUAUUUUGUUAGGAUAAUCUAGAAAAAAAUUUCAAAAAUCACCUGGGGCAUUUUUUGAUGCACCUUUGAAGACAAAAAAGUGUGUCUUCUUGCAGGCCUUUAAAAAGGGUGUGAAAGAUACCCUAACACCACAAAAGUUUUGAAAAUUUUUCAAAAGUGACAGCUAAACCUAAGGUCAUGGAAAACUUGAAAAGGUCAUUGAAAAGGCUUGGAAGAUCGUGGACUUUGAAGAGCUCAAAAGGGUAUGGGCCCUGUAGGAGGUUUUGGAUGCUUUUAUCAGCCACGCCCCUUUUACCACAGACCAAAAACGAAGACAUCUAGAAGUCCAAAUAAUGCGUUAAACUUAAUCAUCCUUAACUGUCUUUUCUAGGAGAAGAGACCCUGGUAUCCUUGGACAUUUAUUUGUUCAAUGUUGUGGAUAGUGGGUUUUUCAUAUUUAAUGGUUUGGUUUGCCACUGAAGUUGGUUACACUCUUGGUAUAUCUACAGAGGUAAGCAAAACAUGCCUUUAACACUGUCUAUUUAAAAUUGCAUAUUUGUAUUAAAUAAGGGAAUAAGAAACAGUCACUUGUAAAAGUACUGGUGAACAGGUUUCAUUUAAAAGGCCCUCAGACCACCAGUUUUAGAGCCAAUUCCUGACUUCUUACAGGUGUUGUAAGAGUAGAUUAACCUUGUUAAUCUGCAUCACCCUCCUCCUCAAAGUAGCUUCUAGGCCAUUUCCAAGUUCCAGAAACUCUCACCUUCAAAACGCGGCUAAGUGCAGAACCUUUCUGGUGAGAAUAAGUUUCAUUUUCAUGUCAGUGACUUUGCACUUUGCCUUGAUUUGAAACAGAGGCUUGUGGCAACUCAGAAAUGGCCCUUUAAUGUGUUGUGGAGUCAUAAUUUGAUUUUUAUGUACAUCUUUUUGUAGGUCAUGGGUCUUACCUUCCUUGCCGCUGGGACUAGCAUUCCAGAUCUCAUUACUAGCGUUCUUGUGGCCAGGAAAGGCUUUGGUGACAUGGCAGUGUCCAGUUCAAUUGGAAGCAACAUGUUUGAUGUAACAAUAGGGUGCGUAACUUGACUCUGAUGAAUGUUGCAUGCUUGAAACCCUGGUUGAGUCGAAUCAGGAAAAAAGACUUCAACUGGCUGCUGAGUUUCAUUACCUAAAAACUCCAAGGAAUGACACCAUGUGCAGUAGUUGUGUGUCGGUGUAUUUAAGUAAGAUUAUUUUGUCAGGGCCUCAAGCAGCACAUGUUGUAGCAAUUAUAUGAGCAAGAGUAUUCUUCAUCUAAAUCUGCCAUAAGUAAAUUAUGGCUUGAAUGUUCAGUGAAAGGCCUUCUCCUUUCCACCCAUCACCCCAAUGUCUGCACCACGACUUUCUGAAAGGAAAAAAACAAAUAAUUGUAUUUAUUUAUUUAAGUGGAAAUUAAAAAAGAUUUCAGUGAUCAUCAUCUUCCAUGAUAACAUUCACUUCUUACCAUCAUCAUCAUCAUCAUCAUCAUCAUCAUCGAUCAUUGUCAUCACUAUCAUAGUCAUCACCAUCACUAUCAUGGUCAUCACCAUAAUUAACCUUCAUCUUAUUCUGCGUCAUAAUCGUCAUGAUCAUCUAAGUUCAUCAUCAUCAUCAUUGCAUACUAUUAUCAGCUGGUUUCUUUGCACCAAUUGCGCAAUCAUAUAAACAAUUAUUGAUAAAAGUAAUCUCGUUCUUUGCAGGCUGCCUCUCCCAUGGUUGAUUCGCAGUGCAAUAGAUCUUGGUGCCGCUGUGACAGUCAGUAGCUCUGGGCUCUUUUGUUCUGUCUUCUUGCUUUUCAUAAUGUUAAUUGCAGUAGUUGUCACGAUUGCUGUUAACAAAUGGAAGAUGUCCAGGCUACUUGGUGGAAUUAUGUUCCUGUUCUACGUUAUUUUUCUUGUCAUCUCGUUGUUGUUGCAAGAGGAUAUCAUCAAGUGUCCAGAGCUGUAGAGUUCAGGUACAAUGCAGUGAAUUUAUCUGAGUUGUGCAUUAGUUGUAUCUCUUGUAGCCUGAACAAAUCAAUCUGAACCAUAUUUUGUUACCAAACUUGUGGCAACAUAGAUAUAUAUGCAGAAUAAAUCACUAUUAAUUUAAGGUUGGAUAUUGGUGAAAGAGGUGAAUGCACCUACCCCUCCCCUAAACCAACAUUUUCCCCUAAGUGAGAUGUUGCUGUUGACAUUGUUUUAGGGGAGGGGUAGGUGGGCUAUUCUCAGAAUCCUAUACUGAUCUGCCAGUUUCAUCUAAGAUGGACACUGUUGGGUCAGGCACUCAGUGUCUGUCAAGGUAAGUGUCAUUUGCCUUUUAUAGGGUCAAAGAAAAUGACUUUAUAAUGCAGUGACCAUCUCUAGGUGGCCAUUUGAGGGAGGUGUCUGUCGUAUAGAGUGGUCCAUUGAGAGAGUUGACUGUACAAAGAAAGUAGGUGUGAAGAGAUGUAUUCUGCAGUCUGUGAGAUGGUAUCUCAAGUGUGAAUGAUAGAACUACAAAGUAAUCACUAUUGGGUUGGCAUUAAACUACCACAGUGUUCCACAAAAUCUUACUCCAGAAUGAAGGUAUCAGAGUUUAGGAAUGUUCUUGAGAAAUAUUUUCUCAACAUAAAGAUGAUAAGUAAAAAUUCCUGGUUAGUUACCAUGACAAUGCAUAUAUCUUCCUUGUGGUUAACACUGGAUUACUGUUCAAUAAGUUGAACUCCCAUUGACAAUUUAUAGACAUCUUUAUACCAUGACCCUGCCCUGCUCUUCUAAUGAAUUCAAUUUCUUUCUGAUUGUUAGUUUUACUUUUUUUGCAGAUUAUAAUUUUACAUGUACAGAAGAAAAUUCACAAAAAAAAUAUUCAACAUACUUACCUCAAGUAGCUGUCAUGGUAACCUGCAAUCAGGCGUUCUUUGGGGGUGGG